GUAUAUAUGAAAACUUAACAUGAGUAACUACCAGGAAAACAUAAAAUACUUGAUUCAAAGACCGAAAACACCAGUGAUCAAACCUCCGAUUCAUCGUUCAAUGUUUAAUAAUUCUAUACGAAGGGAAUUCCAAUUAAACAAGAGAUGUCACCAAACGAUGGGCUAUGCUGAAGUCAAAGUCAAUGAACCAUCUGAGUUUUUAAAAAAAAAAUCCAGAAAAGUUAUUAGACCAUUUGUCGAAAAAACUAAAACAAGUGACAAAAAUCCAGUUCAGUGUCUACGUUACCCUAAUAAACCGUCACCGAAAAAAAAAAUCUCGAGAAAUUUUUUGCAUAAAAACGUUGUUGACGUAGUAAGAAAGGCACCACCAUUACCAAAACAUCGGGUACAAGACAGUAGGAACGGGCACAUAAUAGUUUUGGAUGAAGCCGGCUUAGAGCCUUUGUACGUGUUAAAGAAGGAUUUCGGAAAAUUGCCUUUCUAUAUUGAGAAAAUUUACAAAAAAAACGAAACCAUUAGGCAGGAAGAGAUCGAACGAAUAAGGGCGAUCAAACCGCCAUUGCGCCGUUUGCCUGAAGAAGAGCGUUACGUGUUAUUAACAGGACUAAAGAUCAAUUGGGCUGAAUUGCACAAACAAUUUUUGUUGUUGCCGAUGCUCACAGAUUCAGUGACAAAAAUCAAUCGGAAAACCAAUUUGGAAAAUCAAUUAAAAAGCUUGGAAAAAGAUAUCGACCUUUUAGAAAAGUACCCGAACUUAUAUGUGUGUGAUGAAGACUUGUAG